AUGGGCGUGGCUGAGCGGCUCCUCUCUCACUGGCCGCUCCUGGGUACGCACUUCUUCACGGCCGAGGGUGAAGGUGGCGCAGGUGCCGACGCUGCUGAUGCUGGCACAGGCGACGAUCCGCACCAGGCUGGAGACCACGACUCCUCUGGCGCUGUGAGGGGCGCGGAGGAACUGAAGAAACUGGAGGGCGGUGUGGUGCGAGUCGACCUCCUGAACAAUAACAACUCUCAGCUGGGGAGCCCGGCGCAGCGCUUCACCGCGGUCUUCGACACGGGGAGCGGCAUCACCUGGGUGCCUGGCAGCGCCUGCAAGAGCGAUACCUGCUCGGAGCACCACCGCUUCGCGGUGGGCGACUCCAAGAGUUUUGAGGAGCUCGACCCCGUGCGUGCCGACGGCACCAUCCACUAUGGCACCGGCCAGGUGGAGUACGUCGACGGCAGAGACACCUUGACCUUCUGCGACAGCCACAGCGACCCGGGGUGCCACGGGGUCAAGGCGAAGCGCCUCAAGGUGAAUAGCCAACCCUUUGGCAUGUCCACCAAUCAGACGGACUACCCCUUCCGCAUCUUGCCCUUCGACGGCAUCUUGGGGCUGGCGCCCUCCGCGUCCACCGGCUCCGUGGUGCACGCGCUCAAGAAGAGCCAUGCGCUGGACCGCAACAUCUUCGGCGUGUACCUCUCGGAGGACACGCACCGCAGCGGCAGUAUCUCCUUCGGCGGCAUCGAGGGUGCGCACGUCGCCCCGAAGAGCCCGCUGACGUGGCACAAGACUCAGAGCGAGCAGGAGUGGACCCUUGCCAUGAAGGACAUCCUUGUGGACGGCAAGCCGCUCCAUAUCUGCGACGACCGGGCGGACGGGCUGUGCCCGGCGGUGGUGGACACCGGGAGCUCGCUGAUCACGGGGCCCUCCGGGGAGGUGGAGCAGCUGUUGGGCAAGGUGCGGCUGAAGGACGACUGCAGCAAUCUGUCGAAGCUGCCCACCGUCAGCAUCCGUCUGGCUGACAAGAACGGUGUGCUCACGGACUAUCCGCUGACGCCGGAGGAGUACACUCUGAAGAGCCUGGAUGAAGUGCCGCAGACCGGGAACUCGGAGUACCUCAAGGAGUUCCCAGUGCUGGGGGGCUCCGGGGACACGGUGCCGGAGGUGCGGCCCAGGUGCGACCCCGGGCUGGGCGUCAUGGACGUGCCUGGCCGGAAGUGGGUCAUUGGCGACACCUUCCUUAGGCGGUACUACUCCAUCUUCGACGACGAUCGCGGCCUCGUAGGGUUUGCCAAGAGCAUCCAUCCAGACGAGGCAGGACCCUGUCGGCGGCUUUCUUCGGCUGCAGCAGGUUUUGGCGGUCAGCUCACAGGCAGGUCAAAAUCAGCGGUUCCCAUGGUGGCCUUCUGGUUUCCAUGA